AUGCGCGCUCUAAAGGCAAUUCGAAGAUCGAUCAAGGGGGAGAAGGAGAAACCGCACAUUAGCAUUCCCCAAAAAUCAGCACUCGCGAUUGUCCCGCCCAAGAAGGUUAUUCGGGCUCUCUACGAUUAUGAAGCGCAAGGUCCGGGAGAGCUAAGUUUCUCCCGUGGCGAUUUUUUCCAUGUCAUCGGCCGAGAAAACGACCCCGAAUGGUACGAGGCAUGCAACCCCGCGCUCCCGGAUGCCCGAGGUCUGGUCCCCGUUGCAUUUUUCCAGGCUCUUGGCCGCACCGAGCGCGACAGCGCUCAGUCACAACCGGACAGUGCCCGCUCCAUCAAGCACCCCGACCAUGAUUCCGGCUACGGCGAAGCUCCGGCAGCAAGCCCCCCACCGGCUCCGGCCCCGGCGAAGAAGAAAGCCAGUGCUAUGGUCUAUGGCGUAGUCAUGUAUGACUUCCAUGCCGAGAGGGCUGACGAGCUCGAAGCGAAGGCUGGCGAGGCCAUUAUUGUGAUCGCGCAAUCAAACCCCGAGUGGUUCGUGGCAAAGCCCAUUGGCAGGCUCGGCGGCCCGGGUCUGAUUCCCGUUUCCUUCGUUGAGAUUCGCGAUAUGGUGACCAAUAAGCCGGUUGAGAACCCGCAAGAAGCUGUACGGAAGGCUGGAAUCCCCAAGGUGGAGGAAUGGAAGCGCAUGGCUGCCGAGUAUAAGAACUCGAGCAUCACGCUGGGUAAAUUCGAGUCGAACAGCAGCAAACAGCCAGUACAGCAACAACUGCAGCAACAGCAACAGCAACAGCAGCGUGCUCUUGAGCAGAGCAUGGAGCGUAUGAGCCUUGGACAAUCCAAUGGCCAUCAGAGUCACUCCUCUACCUCAUCCCUGAAGUCAUCGCAAGCCGCAGGAUACACAGGCUCUCAGGCAAACCCCUUGCCGGCACCCGUGUUUGCGACUAUCCCACGGUACUGCUUCGCUGAAGACAAGUACUGGUUCAUCGUUGUCGUUGAGAUGGAGGAUGGCCGGGCUUGGGAGCUGUCGCGCUACUACGAAGACUUUUAUGAUUUCCAGAUUGCGCUUCUCUCAGCAUUUCCCGUGGAAGCCGGCACAACUGGUCAGCAGCAACGAACCCUCCCGUACAUGCCCGGACCCGUCAACUAUGUGACCGACGCGAUUACGGAAGGGCGGCGUUACAACCUCGAUGCCUAUGUUAAGAACCUUCUGGCCCAGCCACCGCACAUUUCAAGGUGCGAUCUGGUCAGAACGUUCUUCCAGCCAAGAGAGGGCGACAUCGAAAUCGACCCGCAGGUGCUCCGCGAAGAGUAUCGUGUGUCCGGCGCAUCCAGGCCAUCGUCGACUGAGUCUCCUGCAGAUGCCGCAUCCCGACAGUCUUCAAGGCAAAAUCUCCACAGCAAUGGCAGCGGCUACUCGAGCUACACAUCUCGGCAGCAGCCGUCCGUGUCGCGGCAGGUCUCGUCGCUAUCUCAGCCGUCACAGUCGUCGCUAUCGCCUGGUGCGGGUAUUCAGCCACAGCCAGGUGCUCAGAUGAAGGUGAAGCUCAGCUACAAUGGUGAACUCAUUGCCAUUAAGGUGCCAUCGGAUAUUUCCUUCCGGCAACUCUACGACCGUAUUGUUGAGCGUCUCAAGAUCCCUCCUGGCGAGCAGCCUCAACUGUCGUAUAAGGACGAGCCGACGGGAGACAAGCCACCACUGAUGAGCGACUACGAUUUGGAGGUGGCGCUGUCGCGAAACGAGAAGUUGCUUUUGUAUGUUGAGUAG